GGCGAACAGUUCAAGCUGUCUUUACAAUGAAUCACACUCGAGAUAUGAAGAACGGCGUACCGGUACUACACCCGUUUGUUUGGGAGGUUUGCGCGUGUGGCGUGCGGACACAUGCGCGUAAACAACCACCGCGUGGUUCAUUUCUCAGCUGCUUUUGUGAAAUCAAACAGUUUUACUUUCCUGGGCUUCAAAGCUGAAUGACGGUCGCUGACAAAAUGUAUAGGCCCUACUGAAGAAAAGUGAAUCUACUCAUUUUAACAAUGUGAAAUGUGUGGUAAAGUUUCGCUAGAGUCUAAUUACACCGGGAGCCUGGAAAAGCAUGCAUUGGUUCAAACAAGCACACGUAUCUGUUGAUGUUUUCCUAUUCCAAUUCAUUUGUAACAACUCGUUUUAUUAAAUAAGAAACACAUAGACGGUGAUUUGACGACACGCUGUGUUUGCAUUAAGGCAUAAAUAGAAUGUGACGCGUGCGUAAAAGCUCACUGGCGAAGUCAAAAGUGUACCGAUAAAGCCGUUAAUGAGCUAUUAAAUUAUAAUAACGUUUUAGAAUGUGCCUAAUGUCACAUCUGGGUAUCAAUCCUACAGAAGAGUUAUUUUGCAUUUGUAAUUUGCCGUGCGGGAGCAGACAACCCCCUGAAUGAAUCAAUCGGAUCUCUACUCCGACCCCACUCGAAAGCGACGCCAGUAAAGGAUGCCUAUUGCCCCGCACAUGCUGCUACGGGGUGUCGAGAGUAAGCAUGCAGUAAAGCGGCCUGUAAAGAGUUUGAAAAGUUUACUUAGACGACCCCCUCCCUGAAAACGAUCAAGUUCAUUUACAAUCAGCUGGGGACAAUGGUUUUGUGUUGACCAAUGAGAGCACGGAGUCAAGUACCAUUAGCUGCAAGGCUAAUUAAUGAAGGCUCGGACUUAGCGCACGUUUGAUUUAGUUCAAACGUAUCGGAGCUGGUUGUUGGAACACACACAGGCGUCAUGGAUAUAGCGUUUUAAUUCAGCUUUAUGUGAUCAAUCAUGUCGAGACUUUUUAAUUUGUUAAAAAACACGAGCAGGAAAGAGUGACACAGCAAGGACCAUGAAUUAAACAACAACAAUAAUAAUAAUUAAAAAAAACACCAAACAAACAACACAUUUGGAAAGCUCGGUGACGGGAAUUGGCGAUCCAGGACCGCUUCGCAUUCAAGUUAACAUCUGGACGUUGCGCUGCCUUUAACCCGGAGAUACCAAACCCGUUUGACUAAUUCAUUAAUCUCCGAAGCUAAGCAUGUCUGAUCGGUCUGUCACCCCGGGUUCGGAGGCUUCCAGUCGGGCACACGAGCUCCACCGGACGAUGUACACGCAGGAGAGCCUAGCCGCUUCUCUUCAGUUCGCCAACGGGAUGCUACAAGACCCGAACUCCGUGUUCAAUAAACCCGCCUGCUACAACGGUAUCGCCGCCCAACAUUUCUUCCCGUUUUCUGCAGUCGGCGGUGACUAUCGACAUCCCGAUAUUCAGGUAGCGGACCUGAGCCAAGCUAGACACUGGUACCCCUUCUCUACCCCGGAGCUCACGGGCCAAGUAGCGGGACUGACCACAGCCCACCAACCGGCGAAUCUGAGCCCACGCAUCGCAGAAACCCGGGAUCAGAUCAAAAGCGACAUUAAAACCGAAAAACUGGACGAAUUCUCGCCUGAAAGAAAAUCAGCGCUGCCACCGCCGCCCGCUACCAUGGCCCCCGGGGUUUAUCACUCAAACCACUGGAACCCUUCGUUCUGGCCCGGCUUGACCCACGCCCCAGCCCCCGCCGCCACUCCGGUCUCCUCUUCGCCCAGUAGCCACAGUUACCCGACGGCUGGUGUCUUCACGACGGCAGCGCCCCAAACGCUACUGGUCCCAGUGCAACAGACCUCGAACCCCGGGAGCAGCGGCUCCUCCAGUGGCGCGGGCAGUGAAGUGGGGCAGUCUAGCGACUCGGAAGAAGAGGAGAAUUUGUCCACGGAGGAGCUGGAGCAGUUUGCCAAGGAGCUGAAACACAAGCGGAUCACCCUGGGAUUCACGCAGGCUGACGUGGGGCUGGCGCUGGGCAACCUCUACGGGAAGAUGUUCAGUCAGACCACGAUCUGCCGGUUCGAAGCUCUGCAGCUGAGCUUCAAGAACAUGUGCAAGCUGAAGCCACUGCUGCAACGCUGGCUGAACGAGGCUGAGAACACAGACAACCCGCAGGAUAUGUAUAAGAUUGAGCGUGUGUUUGCUGACGCCCGGAAGAGGAAGCGCAGGACCAGCCUGGAGGUGACCGUGCGCGGCGCUCUCGAGUCCUACUUCAUCAAGUGCCCGAAGCCCAACACCCAGGACAUCACGCAGAUCGCAGAGGACCUCCGCCUGGAGAAAGAUGUGGUGCGGGUGUGGUUCUGUAAUCGACGUCAGAAGGGGAAGCGUCUGGCCCUGCCCUUUGAAGAGGAGGGUGCAGAGGGGCAGUAUUUCGAUCCCAGCCCACAAAUGCCCCUGUGCAACGGGCAUCUCCAAACUCAGGGGUACCCUGGCACUGCACCCCCACACCUCUACCUACCCGCCUUCCACAAGCCAGAGGUCUUCAAGCAGACCCUGCCCCAGGGAUUCCCUGUGGGGCUGGGACACCUGACCAGCUAGAACCCCAGCCCCUCCCCGGCCAGUCGAUGUGAACGAAAGGACUGAGAACCAGCUAGACUGGACGCUUGCAGAGGAAGGACUGACAGCAGCCAGCUAGCUUUGAUUUUUAAGAGGGCUGUCUUUUUAAAAGUGUUAAUCCUUUUCUGUUAUAUAUAUUUUUUGCUCACAGUUUUUCCAAGCUGCAGAGACUUUUCUUAACUCCUUUGCUUGCUGAUCGCUCUGGUCCGGGUGUCCCUCGUGUGUAUUCGAGUCCCCUCGUGAUACAGGAGACCGGAGGUUCUGCAGGAACGUUUCACUGCAGCGUCUCUGUCGUUGUCUGAGCUUCUCCUCCAGUGACUUCGUGCUAAGGACAGAGAACAGGCAUGCUGAAACUGCCUGUAUCAAAGGGGCUGUGCUGUCUGGCCCCCUCCCUCUGUUUGCUCACUGCUGUGGGGGGUGAUUGCAGACCUGUAACUGACCAUGCAUCCUGGGGUUCUGGAUCAAUUGAAAUAUUUCAUGGCCCACCCAGACCCAUUCUCUUUUUCUAAUCUCAUUGAUCUCCCAGUCUGGAGGGGUGGCAGUGGGGAGAUCUGUGAAGCACAAUGAAAUAUGCAAAGUCUAGUCACACUUGAGUCAUGCAGGAAAGCUCUCCUUGCACUGCUUUACAGAGCCUUGCCACUCAAAGGCCACCGUUUUCUUUAUUUUUCUAUAGAAGUGAUCUAAACCACUAUUACUCAUUUGUGCCUUGAUCAGGUUAUUCCAAUCCAGCACCUUGUUCCAACCACAGCCUCAACUACUGAAUCGUCAAAUAACAGAUGCAUUUCAAACUUGGGUUGAACGGCCGGGGGAGGGUAAAGGUGCCCAAAACUGCUUUUUAAAACGCAAGCAAAGUACGAUGCAAUUGUUGUAGUCUCUUGUUUGGUGUGGUUUAUUCUCAGAUAAGGUUAAACGUUCCAGUUAUUGCUAAUCCUGUACCUCUGCCUAUUCGCUAAUUUAUUAUUUAGCCAAAGUCUGUAUAUUUGAUCAACUGAAUAUCUUUUUUUUUUGAUGUGUAAUUAAUUAAAUCAUUGCUGCUACUUUUUUU